AGCGCAGUAACAACUUCGCCGACGAGCGCGUGAAACACCUUCAACUUCCUCUGAAGCAAAACAAAAUAAUUGAAAAAUCACAACCCAAGUGCCUUAACCAUAAUCUGUAGAAUAUUGCAACGAAUUUACUGCCCAUUAAGUAUCCAUAUAUCGACAGGAACAAAAGAUACAAAAUACAAAAUACGAAAUACAAAGCAAAAACCGAAGCUCAACGAAUGCGGAAGUGAGCGAAAGCCGGCGGCUUUUUUAAUAAUUUUUGCAAUUAACGCAAAGGAUAAAAAAUAAGUGUGCAAACAAAGGGAAACAAAGAGUGAGAGAAAGUGAUCGAGUGCCUUCAUUUGCAUAUCCUUGCAAAUUGAAAUUGAAUUAAAUUAAUAACAAAAAAGUAAUUGAAUAAUAAGAAAACGUGCCGCAAUGUCUGUUGUUCGCAGUGCCAUGUCAAGCAGAAGUAUUCAAUAAUAAUAAUCCCGAAACCCGAAUUCUGAAAUCGGAAAUCUGAAAUCUGAAUUCGAAAAUUGAUUAAUCAUUUUGUGCCUUGAACUGAUCGUGACUCGUGAGUCAGAGCAGCGCCAUUUAAUUGUCCGCAAAUAAGAGUACGGAGCCCAGUCGCAAAUUGCCGGGCUAAAUAUUGGUAGAAUAUCGGUAGAAUCGGUGGAAUCGCUGCAACCCCCUCCCCCGCCAGCCAUCUCCCCUGGCCCUCACUCGAGUUGAGCUUCAUGCGAAAAACGCCGCUUAAAUGCAUACGGAUAUCAUAAUUGGUGAUCAAUUUGCCGCCAACAACAACUACUGGGUGAUGCAGUCCCCGGAACUUGACUAUCGGCACGAGCUGAUGGGGCGUCUGCAUAAAAUCGAGCCAGCCGAUGUUGAGCUUGAGGUUCUGGCAGCAGCCGCCGCAGCUGGGAACAACAACAACAACAAUAACAACAACAACAACAGCAGCAGCAACAACAAUCACAGCAGCAACAGCAGCAGCAACAACAGCAACGGCAGCCAAACACCCACCGGCAACAACAACAACAACAGUUUGGCGGCCAGCGGCCAUCAGCAGCAUCAGUUCCACCACCACCUGCACCACCAUCACUCCCAUCAGCACCACCACCAGCACCACCAUUUGCACCAGCAGCACCACUCGCACAGCCUGCAAAGUGGCGAAAGUGGUGCAUCGGAGGCGUGGCCCCACCUCACCGCCCCCUCGUACGUCGGCGAUGUUGCACAUGCACAGCAGCAACACCAACAGUCGCAGCAGCAACACCAGCAACUCCAGCCCGCCGGAUCCCCGAAUUCCAACUCGAACGGAGCCUACGGCUGUGCCCCACUCUACGACGGUGCGCCCUACGAUGUGGCUUUGGGCUACGGUGGUGCGGUGGUUGGUGCGGCAGCGGGUGGUGCGACCUCCAGCGACAAGGAGUAUCUAUAUGAAACCAAAAACAAAGAGGCUCUCUACGCCGAUCCGCUGGACGAUCCCUACCAGCGACCCGUGCUCUGGGACGAUAUUACUACCUCAAUCCAAAAUAUCGAUCCGGAGAACGCGCUCAUGCUGAGCAGCAGCAGCAGCAGCAACAACAACGGUGGCAACAGCAGCAGCAACAGCGGCAACGGCAGCAGCAACACCGGCGAACCUGCAACAUCGCAGCUGCCGCAGGUCAAGAUGGAGGCGAUCGAUGAGAGUUUGCUGGAGACUUUCUCGACCCCGUUGCUCAGUCCCCUGGAGAUAAAGACCGAGAAACAGCAGCAGCAGCAGCGACAGCAGCAACAUCAGCAACAGCAGCAGCAACACCAGCAGCAACAUCAGCAGCAGCAAUACCAGCAGCAACACUAUCAGCAACAUUAUCAGCAGCAGCACUUGUACCAGCAUCAUCCCAGUUUGUCGCUGCCGGGCUUGCCACCCGCUGUCGAGGUGGUGGAGUUGCAACUGCAACAGCAGCAGCAGCAGCAGCAGCUGCAACAUCUGCAGCACAGCAGCAGCAGCAGCAGCCCCAAACUGGCGACCCCCGGCGACAGCAGCAGCAACACCUCCUCCUAUCAGCAACAGUACGCAUCUCAAUUGGUCGCCGGAUCGGGCGGCGGCUAUCUCAACGGUAGCAGCAGCAACUCCUACGGCUACAGCUGGCACAGCAGUCAGACCUUCCACACCAAAUACCAAAUACACCCGCCAUCGGUCGCUGCGUCAGCCACCGCCUCCGCCACUGCCACGCCCACAGCUCAACUCGGUGCUCAACAGCAACAACAACAACAGCAGCAGCAGCAACAGCAACUGCAGCAACUGUGUCCCCCCGCGGCACCCAGCACCCCCUCCGCCUCCUCCUCGUCCAUCUCCUCGUCAUCGGCCUCCUCCGCCAGUCGCCAUAUGUUCGUGCCACCUCUGACCCCGCCCAGUUCGGAUCCCGGCAGUCCAGGGAGCUCAAUGGUGGCCGCCGCCGCCGCAGCAGCCGCCCAACGCCGCAACCCCCCGCCGCCCUACCAGCAAGGUCAUGUGCUGGGCCUGAUCAACCCACCGCCCACGCUGCAACUUUUGGGUGGUGCAGUCACGGGCAGCAACGGCAGCUGCACCACCGCCACCACCACUCUGACCACCUUAACGCCCGCCAGUGCCAUUCAGCAGCAGCAACAACAGAGCAGCCAGCAGCAGCAGCAGGUGCAGCAGCAACAGCAACCACCCCCCACCCCCCGCUCUUCGGGGGGCGGAAGGCGUGGCCGGCACUCGCACCACCAACCAGGAACGGCGGCACACAUCGCCAGUUUGAUGAGUGUGCGCACAGUGCGCUACAACCGCCGGAAUAAUCCCGAGUUGGAGAAGCGACGCAUUCACCACUGUGAUUUCGUGGGUUGCUCCAAGGUCUACACGAAGAGCUCGCAUCUGAAGGCCCAUCAAAGGAUACACACCGGUGAAAAGCCGUACACCUGCCAGUGGCCUGAAUGCGAGUGGAGAUUCGCCAGAUCCGAUGAGCUGACUAGACACUACCGGAAGCACACGGGCGCCAAACCCUUCAAGUGCAUCGUCUGCGAAAGGAGUUUUGCGAGGAGCGAUCAUUUGGCACUCCACAUGAAACGCCAUUUGCCCAAGAACAAAUGAGGAAGGCGCGGGUUCGCGGGCCCAGCUACAAAAUCAACUAUACCACAAUCCAAAGGACUUUAGCGUAGAUAAAAUGAAUUCGUUUAGUUGAAAGGUUAACUACUACUUUAGGAACAGCUAACCAAUCGGGAUAUUGCCCACUCAAUAACUCAAAUGC